AUGGUGACGUCUGGAGAGACAGAUGGCAUUCAGGGAAGACUGAAACAAGGGUGUGAAGGGUUGGCAUCCCAACACACUGUUCCUGUGAAGGAACACCAUACCAAGCUACAGAACAGAAUAAAGAGCAAUACCCCCAGGAUACACCAGGCAAGAACUAAGUGUGGAUCUGGGAAGCAGCAAAGGGAACGCACAGUUAACACUGAUGAGACGGCGGAGGACCACAGCAAGGAAGCACACCACAGUGCUGAGGACCUCUUACCUAAUGAAGCUACUCAGAUCAACAUUGAGGAGGAGCAAGGGAAUCGAAACCAGCAGAAACCAGCGAAAACACCAUCGACAGACAGCAGGAAAGAAAAGAUACAAUGGCCAGCAACAGAUGAUAAGAGAUGGGAGAUCUUUGACGAAGACCUAGAUAAGAUCUUAGAUAACACACUAACAGGAGAUGUACAGAGAAAGAUAUCAUCAUUGUCAACACUUAUAUAUGCAGUAGGACAAGAAAGAUUUGGAGGCAGUAACAUCAAAACAAGAGAAAGCACUCUGGGUAACAGCAAACAUAACAGACGUCAACAAGAAAUACAAACACUCAGAACUGAAAUAAGCGAUGUCACUAAACAGUAUAAAAGAGCAAAUGAGGAGGAGAAAGAAGGAUUGAAUGAGCUAAGAUCAAUUCUGAGGGAAAGAAGAAACAAUCUACAAAGAGCAGAAAGAAUUAGAAAAGCUAGGAAGGAAAGAGGGAAGAAGAGAGCAAUGUUUGUGGCCAACCCAUAUAAGUUUACCAAAGCAACACUGGACGGAACAAAGGCGGGAUCAGUAAAAAGCUCAAAAGAGGAAGUGGAAAAACAUCUACCAGAGACGCACAGUGACGAAAGGCAGUGGGCACAUCUAGGUAACUGUGAAAGGAUAGAGAAUGUGCCAGAACCAGAGAUACCAAUGAACAUUAAGGAACCAUCAUGGAAAGAAGUAUCAGAUGUUGUAAAGAAAGCCAGGUCUGCAUCAUCACCAGGACCAAAUGGCAUCCCGUACAAAAGAUAUAAGCAGUGUCCAAAGAUUUUGAAACACCUGUGGAGGCUACUGAAAGUGGUGUGGAGGAAAGGGAAGAUACCAUCAUGUUGGCAGAAAGCAGAGGGGUGUUUUAUUCCAAAAGAGGAAAAAUCAGAAGACAUCACACAAUUUAGAACUAUUUCCCUCCUGAAUGUAGAAGGAAAGAUCUUUUUCUCUAUUAUGGCUAGAAGGAUGACAUCAUAUAUGACAGAUAACAACUAUGUAGACACUUCAGUACAGAAGGGCGGAAUACCAGGAUUCUCAGGAUGCAUUGAACAUACAAGCAUCAUUUCACAACUGAUUCAAGAGGCCAAAGUAAACAAGAAAGAUCUUACAGUAGUAUGGCUAGAUUUGGCAAACGCAUAUGGCACUAUUCCUCACAUGCUGAUACAGGAGUCACUAGACCAUUAUCAUAUUCCCGACCACUUUAAGAAAGUAAUAAGAAGCUAUCUCAGUGGGAUUGAGCUGCGAUUUACAACGAGCACAUUCACAACAACAUGGCAGAAACUACAAAAAGGAAUAGUUACUGGAUGUACCAUCUCAGUUAUUUUGUUUGUCAUGGGAAUGAAUAUGAUUAUUAAAUCUGGAGAGAGAGAAACUAGAGGCCAAAAAACAUCAACUGACAUUAGGCAACCACCAAAUAGAGGGUUUAUGGACGAUUUAACCAUCACCACAGAUACUCAUGUCCAGGCUAGAUGGGUGUUGAAGGCUUUGGAAGAGACAGUUACAUGGGCAAGGAUGGCUUUUAAACCAAGGAAGUCUAGAGCUUUAAUAAUAAGGAAAGGGAAGAGCACACACCAAGUCGAACUGAAGGUGCAAGGGGAAGUCAUUCCAUCAAUAAUAGACAAUCCUAUCAAGUGCUUAGGAAAGUGGUAUGAUGACUCUCUUAGUGACAAGAACAAUAUCAGGAAAAUCGAACAACAGGUUUCAGAGGGAAUGAGGAACAUCGAUAAGACAGGUCUACCAGGGAAAUUAAAGGCAUGGAUAUACCAACAUGGACUCCUGCCAAGGAUAUCAUGGCCACUUAUGUUGUACGAAAUUACAUUAUCAACAGUUGAGAAGCUUGAAAGAACCAUCAACAGACAUCUAAGGAAAUGGUUAGGUGUCCCUCCAAGUUUUACAACUGUAGGACUGUACAGCAGGACCGCAAAGUUGCAGCUCCCAUUAACAUCUAUAGUGGAAGAAUUCAAAGUAUGCAAAACUCGCCUUGUAAUGACAUUGAAAGAAUCAAAAGACGACAAAGUAAGAACAGCAGGUGUCCAAGUAAGAACAGGACGAAAGUGGUCAGCAUCAAAAGCAGUUUCAGAGGCAGAGAGUAGAUUAAGGCACAAAGAUAUCAUAGGAACGGUGGCAGUAGGAAGACAGGGCCUUGGAACAUCAAAAUGUUGCUACUGGAAAAACGCUAACACUAAAGAAAGACGAAGUUUAGUUCAAAGAGAGGUAAAAUCUAGAGAAGAAGAGAACAGACAAGCAAAGACAGUAGAAUUAGGGUGCCAAGGCGCAUGGUCAAGAUGGGAUUUAGAACAACGAUCCCUCACAUGGUCAGAAAUAUGGCGAUAUCCUCAGUACCAAUUACAGUUUCUUCUGAGAUCAGUGUAUGAUGUGUUACCAACACCAUCUAAUCUGCACAGGUGGAAACUAUCAGAAACACCAGAUUGUCCCUUGUGCGGAAAUAGAGGAACACUUCAUCAUGUACUUUCAGGAUGCAAUAUCGCUCUCACACAGGGGAGAUAUACAUGGCGACACAACCAAGUACUCAGGGAACUUGCUGAAGUGAUAGAGAAACAGAGGAGAGAUGCAAAACAAACUAAGAACAAACCUAUGAAAAUCCAGUUUGUGAAGGAGGGGGAAAUAGGCCAGAAAAGUAAACAGAACACAUCAGGAAUGUUACAUCAGGCUAAAGACUGGCAGCUAGAAGUAGAUCUAGGGAAAAAGCUGCAAUUUCCGGACAUUGUACAAACCAACCUAAGACCAGACAUGGUUCUAUGGUCUUCCGGCAGUAAAAAGGUUAUGAUAAUUGAGCUGACUGUUCCCUGGGAGGAGAGAUGUGGCGAAGCCAAUGAAAGAAAGAGGGCAAAGUAUGACGAACUAUUGGCAGAAUGUAGAGAUAAAGGAUGGCAGACAUGGAACUUUCCUGUUGAGGUUGGCUGCAUAGGCUUCCCUGCACAGUCAGUGUGGCGGUUGCUUUCUGCAGUAGGAGUGACUGGCCGGCAAAGAAGAACAGCAAUACAGAAACUAGGCCAAGCAGCAGAGAAAGCGUCUUGCUGGAUAUGGAUGAAAAGAGACAGUAGUAGCUGGAAACCCACCACCAAUGCGCAGUGA